CCAUCGCAAUGAGGCUGGACCUUACCGUGGUGCGAUGGUUUGUGUGCCUCAGUGAUCCAUUGAGCUAUACUGGGUGGUGCUUUUGCACCUUCAGAGCCACUCAUACCAGAUUGGUCAAUGGUUAGAGGCCAGACAAACUCAGCCUCCUGGUCCUCCAGGUUGGGGGUUGGAAUGAGGGUGGCUCCUUAUUCCUUAAAACGGACUCUUUGUAGUCCAGUGCCAAACCCGCUGCCUUGCGGACAGGUUUUUGAACCAAAGGCUUUGGUUGAGAACCCUAAUCGUUCUCCUGUCUAGGCCUGGGCAACCUGACAGUAUCCUGCCCACGCAAUACAAUGAAUCUUUCCCCAAACAAAUUGCUGAUGCUCUGGCCACCGCAGAGGAUAAUCAACGGUGCCCUAUCUGCUGCAUCGAGCAGGGUGGAUAGGGGUUUGGAUGCUACUGCUCAAGCCUUCCCAUCUUCUUAUUCCCCUUCUUGCGCUUUUUCACCCUUAUCGUCCCGUUCCAGCUUCAAUUUUAUCCCCCCUGUUUUCAACCCCCCAAUUCUCGGCCCUCCCCCACCUUGCUUCAAUAGUCGCUUGUCUUUUAGUUUCAACUCACAGGCGAACCCAGAGCGUCAUUCCUGCACUGUCAACAGGCCCAUGUCCAAGCAAGCGGCCCAUUCCAGUUCAUCGGCUUCCAUUUGGAGCCCUCGAUCCUCCUUCAGACUGGCAUGCCUCAAUGUUCGCACUUUGCUUCAGAUCGGUCAACAAGCAGCACUUGCCCGAACAUUGGAGACCCUCUCGAUCGAUAUCUGCUGCUUAUCGGAGACCCGCCUGCAAGACUCGAGCUCUGUACUCACUCUGCGAUCCCCUUCAGGUGACACUAGCAGCACUUUCUCAUUGCGCCUAUCCGGUGACGAUGCAGCUUCGAGCACUGGCCAAGCCGGUGUUGGUAUUGCCCUGAGUCCCCGGGCUGAAGCUGCUCUGGUUGAUUGGAUUCCAAUCAGUAGCCGGAUGUGUGCGGUCCGAUUGGCUGGCUCGUUCAAAACUUCGAAGUCGCGUGGGACUAACAGGUGUCUAUUCGUUAUCGCUGCCUAUGCACCGACAAACUGUAGCGAUGACUCGGUAAAAGACGACUUCUAUCGCCAACUGAACGAACUGCUUCGCCACAGAAGAAGCUCGGACACUGUAGUGCUGGCUGGGGAUCUGAACGCUCAAGUUGGAAAAUUAUCCACAGAUGAGCUGCAUCUGGGCGGCCAACAUGGUAUAGGCUCCCGUAAUGAUAACGGUGAGCGGUUACUUCAUCUGUGUGAGGAUGCUCGCUUAUUUCUUGCGAGCACUAAUUUCCGACACAGCACCCGCCGGAGGGUGACUUGGCGCCCACCAGCCUCGAACCAGCUAUGGACGCAAAUCGAUCACAUUGCUAUCAGUUACCGCUGGAGAGGCUGCAUCCAGAACUGUCGCUCGAUUUGGAGCACAGGUGUUGACACCGAUCAUGCACUUGUAUGUGCUGACCUGCGGAUGCGCUUUGGCGGACGUCCGCGACGAUGUUGUGAGCGCAUUGACACCGGCAGACUGGUGAAGCCAGCUGUUCUGAACGCCUAUCAAAUUACGCUGUCAUCCGAGUUGGAUAAACGCUCACUUGAUGCAAUUGAAGCUCACUGGUCUCAUAUGCAACAAGCCUUACUAGCAGCAGGCAAAUCCUCAUGUGGUAUGUCUAAUCGCCAACAUGAACAUUGGGUCUCUUCACAGUCUCUGGAACUUAUAGAUGCUCGCCGGCAUAUUCCGGCUGGAAGCGAACACAAUGAAACUCGAAAAGAGCUCCGGGCGAAACUCCGUGCUAGCCUGAAGAGAGACCGCGAAUCCUGGUGGUCUCGUCGUGCAACAGCGAUGGAAAUGGCCGCUGCCCUUGGUAACCAUCGUGAGUUAUUCCGUCUGAUACGGGAAACGGGCAGCAGGAGACCUGGUGUUAGUGAAACUAUACGUGACGAGAGUGGACAGCCUAUCCACAACUUAUCAAAACGCUUGGAGCGUUGGGCUGAGCACUUUGAAAGGCAAUUUAAUCGGUCGGAAUUGUUAGAUUUCUCGCCGACCAGUGAUCGCCCUGCUCCGUGGGCUGUUCCUUUGGAUCCACCCUCUCGCUCAGAAGUCGAACAUGAGAUCGGACUCUUGAAGUUGAACAAAGCCGCGGGACCUGAUGACCUUCCUCCAGCCCUCUUCAAAUUCGGAGGACCUGCUCUUGUGGAUGAUUUACACGAGUUACUAGUCAAACUGUGGGAGCAGGAAACUGUCCCAACCGAUUGGAGCCGCUCCGUCAUAGUCCCAAUUUUCAAAGGAGGCUCACGAUCGGAAUGCGGCAGCCAUAGAGGAAUCAGUCUGAUCUCCAUCGCCUCCAAAUUGCUUGCCUCUGUCAUCCUUCACAGACUGAUUGGCACUCGUGAAAGCCAGAUUCGCGAAGAGCAAGCUGGAUUUCGCCGAGGUCGUAGCUGCAUUGACCACAUCUUCACUUUGCGUCAGUUGUUGGAGCACCGUCACAUAUAUUGGCGGCCCACCGUUGUCGUGUUCCUCGAUAUCAAAGGUGCAUUCGAUUCGGUGGAUAGACAUGCACUUUGGGACUGUCUACUCAGGAAAGGUGUACCUGAGAAAUAUGUGAACAUUAUCCGAGCAUUAUAUGCGCGUAGCUCGGGCAGAGUGAGGGCUUACGGCAGGUUGUCGUCGCCCUUUAAUAUCUCCAGCGGCGUGAGACAAGGAUGCCCGCUGUCACCCUUCCUCUUUAACUUCGCUGUUGACGAAGUCAUGGAAAUCGCGUUUACAGGACACGACUUAGAAGGUGUGGAGCUACUCCCAGGAGAACGACUUCUUGAUUUAGAGUAUGCUGAUGAUAUUGCCCUGAUCUGUGACAGCUCACAAACGUGCCAAGCGGCACUGGACAGAUUAGCACUAGCUGUCCGUCACUUCGGGCUUUGCUUCGCACCCUCGAAGUGCAAAGCGUUUCUCCAAGAUUGGUCUGGACCGCCUCCUACGCUCACCCUUGGUGGGGAUCAGCUAGAAGUCGUUCAAAAAUUCAACUACCUGGGAAGUUGUAUCAGCGCCCGUGGGAUUGAAGAUGAAAUCACGAAUCGUAUAGCAAAAGCUCGGGGCGCUUUUGCUAACCUUCGCCACUUAUGGCGCCGGCGCGACAUCACUCUCACCCUGAAGGGUAGAGUGUACAAUGCAGCAGUACGUUCGACCCUACUGUACGGUUGUGAAACCUGGCCGCUUAAAGCAGCGGACCUGAAGAGGCUAGUUACGUUCGACCACCGGUGCCUUCGUAAUUUAGCUCACAUCUGGUGGGAACACCGCGUGAGCAACGAGCGUGUUCGACGCCUUGUUUAUGGCACAGGAAAAGGAACUGAACCGCUCAGCACCGUUAUUUCACGCAUCAGGCUCCGAUGGCUCGGCCACGUGUUACGCAUGCCAGCCCACCGACUCCCGCGACGUGCGUUGUUUGCGCGCCGGGGGUGUGGAUGGAAGAAGAGGAGGGGUGGCCAAGCGAUGACUUGGUCCAGAGGAAUGAAGGCCCUCACUUCUGAGCUGGCCUCGGUUGGAGCGUCUCGGCUCCCUGGUUGGGGUCCAAAGGACGAUGAACACGUUUGGUUGGACACACUUGCUGAUAUGGCUAGGAGCCGACCUCAGUGGCGUUCGUGCUGUGAGUUUCUUUGUCCCACCCCAUCCCUCUUAGCCUCCCCCUCCAACCACGAUCUCAUUAUUUAGCUUUAUAUAAUCUUGCAUAAUAUUUUUUUUCUUUUUGGGUGCACAGCAGCCGGCUGGUAGCUUACCGGAACGAUGCCCAUCCGUUACCGGUAGCUCAGCCAGCUUGCACCAGUUGUUUUUUUCUCUCCUUUUUUCUCUUUGUAUUGCGGCACAGUAGCUGAGGUGUUCCCCACCUCUAGCUAACGUGUAUGAUGAUGAUGAUG